GAAGUUUCCUCGCUGCGACGCUCGCUCGCUAGCUACGCUGGCUUCGCUGGCUUGAGUUGAACGUUCGAACUUAACCAUGUCUGACCACCGCGGCGCGUGGGGCGCCCACGGCCCCGGCCCUGGCCGCGAGGACCCAGUGUGGUGGCAAGACCAGCAGCAGCAGGCCGCGGGGCUCGCCUCGCUGCAGCACCAGCUGGCGGCACAGCACCAGCAGCAGCUUGCCGCGCAGCUGCAGCAACAGCAGCAGCAGCAAAACGAACUGGCUGCGCAGAUCCAGCAGCAGAACCAGCAGCUCUUCUCCUACAAGAUGGCCAGCUCGUUUCAAAACCCGGCCGCCGCCGUCUCGUCGUCGUCGUACGACCUCGGCACUGUGAACACUAUUAACACGUCCAUUGCCGGGCAGCUGCAGCAGCAGCACGCUGUCCAGCAGGGCGGCCAUGUGGUGCAGCAGCAGAACAAUCAGUGGUGGAACACACCGGGCAUGCAAAACCCACCUAGCGUAAACUACCAGAAUGUCAAUACAAACCUGGGAAUGCAGCAGCAGAUGAUGAAUCGAGGAAAAAUGCCACGCAAGGACGCCAAGCCCCGUGGGCGCAUGACGGCUUAUGCCUUCUUCGUCCAGACCUGCAGGGAGGAGCACAAGAAGCAGCACCCUGACGAGAACGUCGUGUUCGCCGAGUUCUCCAAGAAGUGCGCCGAGCGGUGGAAGACCAUGCUGGACAAGGAAAAGAAGAGGUUUCACGAGAUGGCCGAGAAGGACAAGAAGAGGUACGACACGGAGAUGCAGGACUACGUUCCUCCGGUCGGCGAGAAGCGUGGCAAGAAGAGGAAACAGAUCAAGGACCCCAACGCGCCCAAGCGCUCAUUAUCUGCUUUCUUCUGGUUCUGCAACGACGAGAGAGGAAAGGUGAAGGGCGCCAACCCCGAGAUGACGGUGGGGGAGAUCGCCAAGGAGCUGGGGAGGAGGUGGUCCGACAUCUCGCCCGAGCUCAAGAGCAAGUACGAGCAGAUGGCCGAGAAGGACAAGGCCCGGUACGAAAGGGAUAUGACAGCGUACAAGAAGAAGCCCAAGGGUGGUAUGCCCAUGCCCCCCAUGGCUCCGAAACCAGAGAGUGAUGAGGACGAAGAUGAUGACGACGGUGAUGAUGACGACGACGAAUAGACUCAUUUUAAUGUAAGGUUGAUUACACUUGUCCUGUAAUAACACUUGCUCUUAAAGACAUUUUUUACCCCGUUUUAACUGUGAGAAGCUGUGGUGAUUUAGAUUUCUGAAAUCGCACCCUGCUUGGACGGGAGUAGGAGUUAUUUUCAGGGAUUAGUGUAGUGCCGCCUGCUCUGUUCAUCCUUCCUUUUAAUGUUCUCCUCAGCUCGCCCCCACUAUUUUGUGUAAAUAGGAACAAGUAAGAGGAGCUUCUUAUUUACACUUGCCACUAUUGACAGAGCAGUGGAAACAGAGCCCCUUCAUCAUGUUCAGUUUUUAUUUUGUCAUCUUAAUUAUUAUGCUAAGGAAAAAUGUGUGUUUGUUUGUGUGUAUGUAUGAGUGUAAGGAAUUCUUCUAUUUGUGAGAGUGAAUGUGAUUUUUAUUUCAAUCAAUUUUGUAAAUCUGAGAGCAAGCCACAUUUAACUUUUUUACUGGUUGAACUGAAUUUUGGAAAAUGAAUUGAGUGUGUGUUAAAUUGUGGCUCACUUCAUUUAUUCCUGCCUCGGUUCACUGAACAGACAUUUGCAAUAAAUUAUUACUGAGAUUUCUGUCUGUUUUGUGUAUAUUUUUCUCAAUAUUGUACCUGCUAAGUAAAAAGCUUUACUUUUUUGUUUUUACCCAUCAUUCAAUUUCAUAGAUAAAGUCCCCAUCUGAAAAUGUAUUAAAUCUUAGAGCAAGUGAAGUGUUUGUUAACCACAUUGUAAAUAUACCAACUGUUGUUAUGGCUGUGAUGCCUUUUCUUUGCAGCUGAUGGUGUAUGUUACUUGUAAGGUUGUCCAAAUAUUUGUAUUUAUUAAAUCAAUUGUUUUUAAUGGAGGGACUUGUGUAACUGUUUUAAUUUAAACAUUCCUGGAAUCUGGUUUUAUCUUGAAAUUUUUGUAAUAAGAGUUUGGACAUGUUGAUUAAAGCUGAUGGGUUCGAGUAAA